CGUCGGCCCCGGCGGGGCGUUUGGUUUCGGUUUGGCCCUGACUGGAGUUAGUGUUGACGGCCGAAAUGGGAGUCCCCAAGUUUUACCGAUGGAUCUCGGAGCGGUAUCCCUGCCUCAGCGAGGUGGUGAAAGAGCAUCAGAUUCCUGAAUUUGACAACUUAUACCUGGAUAUGAAUGGAAUUAUACAUCAGUGUUCCCAUCCUAAUGAUGAUGAUGUUCACUUCAGAAUUUCAGAUGAUAAAAUCUUUACUGAUAUUUUUCACUACUUGGAGGUGUUAUUUCGAAUUAUUAAACCUAGGAAAGUGUUCUUUAUGGCUGUUGAUGGUGUGGCUCCUCGAGCGAAAAUGAACCAGCAGCGUGGGAGGCGUUUUAGGUCAGCAAAGGAGGCAGAAGACAAAAUUAAAAAGGCAAUAGAAAAAGGAGAAACUCUUCCUACAGAGGCCAGAUUUGAUUCUAACUGUAUUACACCAGGGACAGAAUUCAUGGCCAGGUUACAUGAACAUCUGAAGUAUUUUGUAAAUAUGAAAAUUUCUACAGACAAGUCGUGGCAAGGAGUUACCAUCUACUUCUCAGGCCAUGAGACUCCCGGAGAAGGAGAGCAUAAAAUCAUGGAAUUUAUCAGAUCCGAGAAAGCAAAGCCAGAUCAUGAUCCAAACACCAGACACUGUCUUUAUGGUUUAGAUGCUGACUUGAUUAUGCUUGGAUUAACAAGUCACGAGGCACAUUUCUCUCUUUUAAGAGAAGAGGUUCGGUUUGGUGGCAAAAAGACACAAAGGGUAUGUGCACCAGAAGAAACCACAUUUCACCUCCUACACUUGUCAUUAAUGAGAGAGUAUAUUGACUAUGAGUUUUCAGUAUUAAAAGACAAGAUCACAUUUAAAUAUGAUAUUGAAAGGAUAAUAGAUGAUUGGAUUUUGAUGGGAUUUCUUGUUGGCAAUGAUUUUAUCCCUCAUCUACCUCAUUUACAUAUUAAUCAUGAUGCACUGCCUCUUCUUUAUGGAACAUAUAUUACCAUCCUGCCAGAACUUGGGGGUUAUAUUAAUGAAAGUGGGCAUCUCAACUUACCUCGAUUUGAGAAAUACCUUGUGAAACUGUCAGAUUUUGAUCGGGAGCACUUCAGUGAAGUUUUUGUGGACCUAAAGUGGUUUGAAAGCAAAGUUGGUAACAGGUACCUCAAUGAAGCAGCAGGUGUUGCAGCAGAAGAAGCCAAGAACUACAAGGAAAAGAAAAAAUCAAAGGAGCAGGAAAACUCCAUAUGUUGGGCUGCUUUAGACAAAAAUGAAGAAGAAGUGGUUACUUCUAAGGAUAAUUUAGAAGAUGAGACUGAAGACGAUGACCUAUUUGAAACCGAGUUUAGACAAUAUAAAAGAACAUAUUACAUGACAAAGAUGGGAGUUGAUAUAGUGUCUGAUGACUUUCUGGCUGAUCAAGCUGCGUGUUAUGUUCAAGCAAUACAGUGGAUUUUGCACUAUUACUAUCAUGGAGUUCAGUCCUGGAGCUGGUAUUAUCCCUACCAUUAUGCACCUUUCCUAUCUGAUAUCCGCAACAUCAGCACACUCAACCUCCAUUUUGAACUAGGAAAACCUUUUAAGCCAUUUGAACAGCUUCUUGCUGUACUUCCAGCAGCUAGCAAAAAUUUACUGCCUACGUGCUAUCAGCAUUUGAUGACCAGUGAAGACUCGCCAAUUAUAGAAUAUUAUCCACCUGAUUUUAAAACUGACCUAAAUGGGAAACAACAGGAAUGGGAAGCUGUGGUACUAAUACCUUUCAUUGAUGAGAAACGAUUGUUGGAAGCCAUGGAGACAUGUAACCACUCCCUCAAAAAAGAAGAAAGGAAAAGAAACCAACAUAGUGAGUGCCUAAUGUACUGGUAUGAUAGAGACACAGAGUUCACCUACCCCUCUCCAUGGCCAGAAAAGUUCCCUGCCAUAGAACGAUGUUGCACAAGGUAUAAAAUGAUAUCAUUAGAUGCUUGGCGUGUAGACAUAAGCAAGAAUAAAAUAACCAGGGUUGACCAGAAGGCAUUGUAUUUCUGUGGAUUUCCUACUCUGAAGCACAUCAAACACAAAUUCUUUUUGAAGAAAAGUGGGGUUCAAGUAUUCCAGCAAAGCAGUCGUGGAGAAAACAUGAUGUUGGAAAUCUUAGUGAACACAGAAUCAGAUGACCUUAGUAUAGAAAAUGUAGCUUCCUCAGUGCUUGGAAAGUCUGUCUUUGUUAACUGGCCUCAUCUCGAAGAAGCUCGAGUUGUUGGUGUAUCAGAUGGAGAAACUAAGUUUUACUUGGAAGAACCUCCAGGAACACAGAAGCUUUAUUUGGGCAGAACUGCCCCGCCAUCUAAAGUGGUCCAUCUGGGAGACAAAGAACAAUCUAACUGGACAAAAGAAGUACAAGGAAUUUCAGAAUUCUACCUGAGAAGAAAAGGAAUAAUAAUAAAUGAAACAUCUGCAGUUGUGUAUGCUCAGUUACUCACAGGUCGUAAAUAUCAAAUAAAUCAAAAUGGUGAAGUUCGUCUAGAGAAACAGUGGUCAAAACAAGUUCUUCCUUUUGUUUAUCAAACUGUUGUCAAGGACAUCCGAGCUUUUGACUCCCGUUUCUCCAGUAUCAAAACACUGGAUGACUUGUUUCCUCCUAGAAGUAUGGUCUUUAUGCUGGGAACCCCCUAUUAUGGCUGCAUUGGAGAAGUUCAGGAUUCAGGGGAUGUGAUUACAGAAGGUAGGAUUCGUGUGGUUUUCAGUAUUCCAUGUGAACCCAAUCUUGAUGCUCUAAUACAGAACCAGCACAAAUAUUCUAUAAAGUACAACCCAGGAUAUGUGUUGGCCAGUCGCCUUGGAGUGAGUGGAUACCUUGUUUCAAGGUUUACAGGAAGUAUUUUUAUUGGAAGAGGAUCUAGGAGAAACCCUCAUGGAGACCAUAAAGCAAAUGUGGGUUUGAAUCUCAAAUUCAACAAAAAAAACGAGGAGGUACCUGGAUAUACUAAGAAAGUUGGAAGUGAAUGGAUGUAUUCAUCUGCAGCGGAACAACUUCUUGCAGAGUACUUAGAGAGAGCUCCAGAAUUAUUUAUUUAUAUAGCCAAAAAUAACCAAGAGGAUGUGUUCUAUGAAGAUGACAUUUGGCCUGGAGAAGAUGAGAAUGGUGCUGAGAAAGUUCAAGAAAUUAUUACGUGGCUAAAGGGACAUCCUGUCAGUACUUUCUCUCGUUCUUCUUGUGAUUUACAAAUUUUGGAUGCAGCUAUUGUUGAGAAAAUUGAAGAAGAAGUUGAAAAAUGCAAGCAAAGAAAGAAUAAUAAGAAGGUGCGAGUGACAGUAAAGCCCCAUUUGCUAUACAGACCUUUAGAACAGCAACAUGGAGUGGUUCCUGAUCGGGAUGCAGAAUUUCGUCUCUUUGACCGUGUUGUUAAUGUGAGAGAGAACUUUUCAGUUCCAGUUGGCCUUCGGGGCACCGUCAUAGGAAUUAAAGGGGCUAAUAGAGAAGCUGAUGUACUAUUUGAAGUAUUAUUUGAUGAAGAAUUUCCUGGAGGCUUAACAAUAAGGUGCUCACCUGGUAGAGGUUAUCGGCUGCCGACAAGUGCCUUGGUGAACCUUUCUCAUGGGAGUCGCUCUGAAACUGGAAAUCAGAAGUUGACAGCUGUUGUGAAACCACAGCCAGCUGUGAAUCACUAUAGCUCAAAUUCAUCAAUUUCAUCUGGGCGUUUGGGAGGCCUGAACCAUUCCCCUCAAUCGCUUUUUAUUCCUACUCAAGUAUCUACUAAAGAUGAUGAUGAAUUUUGCAACAUUUGGCAGUCCUUACAGGGAUCUGGAAAAGUUCAACACUUUCAGCCAAUUCUACAAGAUAAGGGUGCAGUUCUACCUCAAGAAAUAAGUCAAGUAACUCAACAUCAUAAAUCUGGCUUUAAUGACAACAGUGUUAAAUGUCAGCAAAGAAAACAUGAGCCUCACAGAAAAUUUAAAGAAGAGUGUAAGAGUCCUAAAAUGGAGAGUCGGUCACAAAAAAUGUCAAAUAAGCAGACGUUUGGAGGGCCUGCCAAAUGUAAUAUUAAGCUAUUGAAGAGAAAUGAAAGUGCAGAAGUCUCAGAAAACCAAAAAGUUAUGACUGGUUAUCCAAAUGAUAUUGAUAAGCAUACCCCUGGAAUUGAGAACUUUUUAGCAUCUUUGAAUAUCUCCAAAGAAAAUGAAGUACAGUCAUCUCAUCGUGAAGAGCCUCCAAGUGAAGAACUUUUGUCACCACAGUCAUUUGCUAUGAAGGGAACACGGAUGCUUAAAGAAAUUCUAAAAAUUGAUGGCUUUGACACUGUGGACCAUAAGAACGAAAUGAAACAGUUUGGUAAUGUUUCCUCUAAUAGAAGAGAUGAAUAUGGAUCUUCCUCACAGCCUAAACCAAAUAAGAAAUUAACAUCUUAUAUGAACAAGUCUCACAGUGCUAGUGAGUACCGUAAUGCGCAGUCAAUGGACAAUGUGUGUUGGCCUCCUCCCAGCCAGAUCCCUCCUGUGUCCACACCAGUCACCGAACUUUCUCGAAUUUGUUCUCUUGUUGGAAUGCCACAGCCAGAUUUCUCCUUUCUUAGAACACCACAGACAAUGACAGUUUGCCAGGUAAAGUUAUCCAAUGGCUUGUUGGUGCAUGGGCCACAGUGCCAUUCUGAAAACGAGGCCAAGGAAAAAGCUGCACUGUUUGCUUUACAACAAUUGGGCUCCUUAGGAGUUAAUUUCCCUUUGCCUCCACCAAUAAUUCCAAAUUAUCCUCCUGCCGUAUCACCCGGAACCAUUCCUCCAGUUUUUUCCCAGACUACUGGCUGGGAUCACUAUGGAAGCAACUUAGCAUUGGGGGCAGCUAAUAUAAUGCCUCCAUCAUCUCAUCUCUUUGGCUCACUACCAUGGGGACCACCAGUGCCAGUUCCUGGGAAGCCUUUCCAUCAUACUUCAUAUUCUGGGAACGUGCCCAUGGCUGGGGGAAUGCCAGGUGGUGUGCACAAUCAGUUCAUACCUCUACAGGUUACUAAAAAAAGGAUUGCAAACAAAAAGAACUUUGAGAAUAAGGAGGCCCAGAGUUCUCAAGCUACCCCCCUUCAGACUAGCCAGCCAGGAUCUUCCGAUGUCACCAAAGUGAUUCCACAGGGGAGUUCAUCAGCUUCCUUAAAGUCCUCUCAGAUCACUCAACCUGCAUCUUCUCAAGUUGAAGCUGCCUCCCAAGGCCGUAGUAUGUCUCACCAUAAGUCAACACCAAGCUCUUCUUCAAGAAGAAAAUCAAGAAAGUUGGCUGUCAAUUUUGGCGUUUCUAAACCUUCUGAAUAAAUUUGGUACUUGGAAUUAAAUUAAUUUCUUUCUUUUCCACACACCUUUUUAUAAAUCCAUAUCUGUGUCUCAAAAAAAUUAGAAUCUGCUAUUUUAAAAUAAUGUUUCAAUUGAAAAUUUUUAAUUUUUUAGUUGUCAGGCACUUUUCAUGCUGUUUAAAAGACUAUCAAAUUGUGCAUCUUAAAUAUGUGCAGUUUGUUUUACAUCAAUUAUACCUCAAUAAAGCUGUAAAAAAAAAAAAGACUAAAUUAAACCUUGUGUUAAAAUAGUAUCAGUGGACUAAGCAUUAAAAUGUACCACUCUAACUGUUGGCCUUAUCCUUAGAAGCAUCCUGAACUAUGAAUUAGACAUCAUAUUGCAAUAAUAAUAAACAUUUUUUACACUAUCAUUGAGGAAUAAUUAAAUGGAGCAUGAAAAUUUGGCCUCAAGUAUAAUUUACUGAAUGUGGAUUUUAUUUCUCUUUUUAAUGAUGUAACAGAAUUGUCAGGAGAAUGGCUUUUAUUUGUAAGUAUUUUAACUUGUGUUCUGUUGUCUCCGAGGGUCCUCGAGACCUGCCGUGAAUGAUCACACUUGUGGUGGUGCUGCCAGUUCUGCUUUAUCCUAAAUUUGUACCAAAGCAACUUUAGAAUACUGAGCAGAAUAUUUCAUUUAACUGCUUAAAACUAUAAAUAGCAAUCAGAUUUGAGUAAGUAAUUACAAUUUUUUAGAUUCUUCAAGAACCAGCAUUAGUAAUUUCUAAUAAAAUUGUUUCAAAAUCUACAGGGUAUAAUGAUUAAAAAUUAAACUUCUAAUGAAAUAAAGUUCAAAAUAUUAAUCAUGUUAAUUAAAAUAAAUUAUGUUAUUCUUUUAUGUAGCUUUUUACCUGCUUCCUUAAGCAUAUGUGAGAGCUCCGUUGUUGGUCUAUGUGUAGUGCUUCCUGGAACAAAUGAAACUCUAAAUUUUUUUUAAUUCCAAGCUGUGCUUUAAUAUAGGCACAAUCACUUUGUGAUGUACAUUAUUUACACGACAAAUGCCUGUCUCAUUCUAUUUCCGUAUUUUUAGCUUUAUGCUGAACUGUUCAGUGACUCUGUCAUUUUGUCUUUGCAUGUCAUGUGUGGGUGGAUAUUGUUCAAGCUGUGGCUGUUGAAAUUAUUUUAGAAUUUAUGAAAAUUUCUCAGUGGUACCAAGGCCUGAGUUUUUAUAUAUAUAUUUACCCUUUAGUUUUUGUGAUAUGCUUAUAUUUUUAAGGAAGUAAAUUAUCAUACUUUUUUAAAAGUAGAAACCAUAAUCUUUAUAUGGAGCUGCUUAUUAUAUCCAGUUUCAUUUAGCUCCUUGAAAACUCUGCUGAGUCUUAAAGUAGUCUGUUUGUUUUAAAAAAUGCUGGUAUUGAACUAAAUGGAUUCCUUUCCCUAACUGCUGACUUCAGAGUUUCUCUAAAUGUUAAUAGGAUAUUUGUAUAUUAGUAGUGCCUUUAAUAUAAGAGAUAAAUAUUCAUUAUCUGUCAUUUAUUAUAGUCUUGUGAGUUUCUGUGAUUUUAUUUUCUAUUAAUUUCCUAGAUUCAGAUGUUCAUCAGUUCCCAACAUUUCCUUGUUGGGAAUGUUUGUUUAUCUGGUGUUUAUCAAUGUUUGUUGGUAGUGGGAUCUUCAGUAAUGAGGCUCAAGUAAUUGUCAGUGUUUGUCCUUGCUGCAUCACAAACUCUCGAUUUGUUUUAAAAGGAAACAUCUAUUAUGGAAAUGCAAUACGAAAAAGUUCAAUUGUGACAGUCAUGUUCCGUUAACCUCUUACUACUUCCAUGUAUAAUGUUUCUCACCGUACAUAACUGUAUAAACUCCAGCAUUCAAGAAUUGCCUCACUCCUGUGUGAUCACUCCGUGAACAGUGUACAGCCCACAUCUUUUUUAGAGCACAGAGGAAGGAGCACAUGCCGUCUUCUGAAAACUGCAAGAAAAAUUUCAGUAAGCAUAGUGCUGCUGAACCCAUAAGGAUAUUUCCCCAGUGUUUGAGCAAAGCAAGCUGACAGUUCUAUAUGGAUGGGCAGUAAAAGUGUUUUCUCUUCAUUCCUUCUUCUCUUUUUUCUAAACAUAUUAUUCUAAAGGUCAAGAUUGAAGAGGGAUUACAAUAGGAGACAGCUCCGUAAUGACUAGAUCGUGCUUGGGUGUUUAUCUAUAUUCUUUUCCCCCUGUAAACCUAUUCCAGAUGUGGGCCUAAGAUCAAUAGGGGAUGGGUCCUCCCUCCUGUUUUUAUCUCAUGAUAAUCUUGAGGAGACUGGAUCCAUUGAUAGUCUGGGAAACUUAUAAUUUUUUCGUUUUGGAUGAUACAGACUCAGACCACCCGGAAGUUUAGAAAUACACCCAUUCAACCGUUGAAUCUGCUAAGGACUCUUUGAAAACUGUGGACGAUAAGGGGUACAGAAGAGCAGAUUCCCCAAAUUGCUUCAAGUUUCCACAUAACUAGCAGUUAAAUCUAAAUAUCCUUGCUCAGUAAUUUUUUUCUUUGUUUUUGAGCACAUUAAGUGAAUUUUGCAGAUUGAUCCUUCCAGUCUCAUUCUUCCUUUUCACAAUUUCCUACAUUACCUGAUCAUUACCUAAGUUUUAUAAUUUAACAGAAUGUAUUAAUUGAUUUAAACGUCAUAUAGACUAAAGUCUUAAACAUCUGAGACUCAUUUGCAUGAAAAAUUAAUUCCACCUCUGUGUGUACCUUGGUUUCAAUUUAAGACUUUCCUUGCUUUUCAGAAGGAUAAGUAGUUUUUUUAGAACUAAAAAAGAUAAGGAGAUUUUUUUUUUCUCCUUCGUGAGAGAGAUGAAGAACUCUUGAUGCAGGGUUUUUUUGUUGUUUAUUUCCUUUUCUAUGAUCUGAUAUUUACUUUGGUUUUAGAUUGAUAUUUCCAAACUAAUCUAGAUUCUUAACUUUAAGGGUGGGGAGGGCAACGAAGCAGGUGGUUGGGAGAAGGGAAUCCCUUAAAUAAGACAUAUCCACUCACUGCGUUUUCAUAUGUUUCUGGCUCAAGGAAAUAAAUAAGCUGUGGAGUCUUAUGUAUCCACUCACUUUUUAAUCAUCUGUUCUAUAUGUAUUAAUGUCACACAUUUUCAUAGUGAUCAUCUGAUUUUUAACUUAAGAUAAUUAGAACUGUCCAGAUCUCCACUGAGGUUAGUUCUAACACGCUGCUUCUCAUUGUUCAGAGCAUCUUUUUUAAAGCAACUGUGUACAAUUUCCCACCUUUGUGAGCUUACUAUAUUGCUUAGUACCAUCUUGCUUUUAAAUUGUGUUUUUACUGUAGAGGAGAAUUAAUUUAUUGGAGAGAAUUUUUUGUGACAGGCAUUCUCUACCUUUUAAAAAAAAAUAGAUCACAGAAGUUCCCUUAUUUUUCUAGAGCUAAUGAUAGUACUCACACUGGCAGUGUUCUUUAUGUACGUUUUGUAAGCUUUAUCAGUGAAACAGUCUUUUCGGCAGAAGGUUUCUUUCCUAGUCAGGAUAAAGCUUAAAACUCCAGAAAUGAAUAUUUUUCAGACUGACCUAGUUCAUAUUUCCAUCAGCCCUCUCUAUCUUCUGCCAGGGAGCAGAAAGAGACAGUGUUGAAACAGAUGGCAACAGGGCUGUGCCGACAGAGGGCGGAAGUGUGACUGCUACCAUACUGAGGUAACAACCCGGACAUCACUGAUCCUUCUUUUAGAGAGAGAAAAAUACGUGUAUAAAAUAGUUUCAGUAGUUCAGAAUAUCAGCAACCCAUAGCUGCUUUCGUGUAUGUGUGUGUGUGUGUGAACCAACAGUGAUGCCUUGCUCAGUCAAUGCAUUCAGCCAUCUCAAGUGCAAUUUGUGAUGGAGACUCGGGUUUCCAAAAAAGUUUUACAUAGUUAAACUUGUAAAAAUUAUUUUUUUUCCAACACUACACCCGUUGCUAUUGAUUAUUUCAGCAAUUGGUGUACUAUUAAAUUGCCUAGGCCAAAUAAUUAAGUUUCUGUAGAUGUUUUAGUUAUUUGAAGCCAAAUUCUCAUACCGUUUCUCAUGAAAUAAUGAGUGAGAAUUUGGUCCACAGUUUGCUUUAAGUUAUUUUAUUCCUUUGGUUCCCUUACAGUUAAGGGGCUUUUCUGUUUGUUUGGGGUGGGGGUUUUUUUUUGCCUCAAGUCUCUGACAUUUUCUUUUGCCUGCACCCAGUUGCUUCUUUGAGUGUGCUCAUCUAUUUUGAUAUAUGAGUAGUAGAUGGUGUGCUGUAUCAUCAAAGUGAUCAAGAUUUUGUUCAUUUAAACAAUAUAAUUAAGUAUAAUUCGUACAUAUGUAUCUUAAUUCAUGGCUUUUAUCACAUAACUAUUUUAUAAGUAACUGGAAUUUUUCAUUAGAUCUUAUACAGAGCAGUAUUUUAUUAAAGAUUCAAAAGGGAAGACUUUUGUGUGCUCAUUUUGUAGUUUUUGUUUUUUAAAUAUCUUUACAUUGUCUGCAAUUAAAGUGUUUUAAACUUGCAUUGGAAUGGACUCUGAAUGUAUUUUUGUGUUAAGUUGUACAUUUGUAGAUUUCUAGCAUGAAGUUAGCCUCAAAAUAUUGUGCAAAAGAAUUUUAAAAUUUAAGAGUCAGUGAAAGAGUUUAAACCUCUCUACAUGUUAAAUGCUAUCUGGAUUUUAAUUAAACACUUGAGAAUGAUUUCACAA